AUGGAUACAAGAUGUUGUUCAUUUAAACGAGAAAGAAAGAUGAGCUGCAGGCGAUUCAGGUAUAUGUUAUGGAGGGAUGAUUGGUAUGGCAUGCCUGAUCGUGUUCUCUUACAAUUCUCCGUUUGGGUCUCUACUGCCCUCUGCCCAAUACGCUAUAUCUACGCGAGACGUCUAUGA